CUACUCCACUCCACACGAAACAAGCCCCUCUAUUUUUAUGUUUAACAUAACCCCACUUCACUAUAUAUCUCAUGAUCUCACUUUGCUUUUCCUUCAAUCCCGCAUAAACUCACACAUAUAUUUUCCUCUCAAACUCUCUUUCCCUUCCCCUGCUUUCUCUCUCACACAAUCUGUCACACAUUUUUUGUUCAUCAUUCUAUUCAGUUAUCUCUAUAGCUAUAUCAAACAAACCUUGGCUUGAAUUUCAUCAUCUAUAUUCUCUUAAACCACAUACACUUUUGUAUCAAAAAUGGGAAAUUAUCUUGCUCUUUGUAGACCCAUUUCAGGAUCUUGUAUAUCAUCAAAUCAUGGUAAUAAAGUUGUGAGGGUAGCCAAACCAGAUGGGAAGGUCCUAGAAUUUAGGACCCCAAUCCAUGUCAAAGAAAUCUUGUCAAAUUUUCAAGCUUUUGGAAGUGUUGGUAUCUCGAAGGUAUCCUCAGAAUCACUCUCCCCAGAUUAUGAGUUGAAGCCAGGAAGAUUAUACUACUUGCUUCCAUCUCAAGGAGUCAAAGAGCAAGGUAAUAACAAUAAUAACAACAAUAAUGGCUUAAAGAGGAUCAAAGUUGUCAUAACAAAGCAGCAGCUUCAACAGUUAGUGACCAAACAGAUCUCUGUAGAGGAUAUACUCUCAGAGGUUCAUCUUCAAACAGUUGGUGCUCAUAAUAAUAGGAAGCCAAAAUUGGACUGUAUACCUGAAGAAAAUUGAGUACCAUACAAAUAUAGAAUAAGGAAAAAUUUAUAUUUGUCUUUUUUUUUUUUUUUUUCCUUUUUGGCUGUUUUAAAUCUUUCCUUUCCCUUCUCCCAUCUUUGUUGCUUUUAUUUUCUCUUUUGGGGGGUUCGUAAAGUUUGUAAGGACAAAAGAAAGGAAGAAUGUAAGGGAUAUAGACAUAGGACCUUAUAUAGAAUAAAUAGUUAGUACUGGUUUUUCAAAUUUCAGCAUUCUCUUUGCACUUUUGGAAGCUUUUCUUGAUUCAUGUUAAUCUUAUUUUCACGGAUCGGUUAUGUUAGGUUUUGUAUUUGUUUUUAACUCGGAAUGGAGAUUAGGUUAAUUCAGUAUUGUGCUCACUAAAUGACAUAUUUAGACUUUGAGAGUUUAGGCUAGAACCUUAAUUUUGGCAUCUGCUUGGUGCUUCAUCAUAAAUUUGAUGCUCCAAAUGCACGGUCGAUCUACCAAUGAACUCUUAUUUUCUUAGUUUCAUAUAUUGGCUAUAUAUAUAGUAUGCUAUUUGUAUAGGAGGUUAGGUAAUUCCGUUGUUGGGCUCACUGAUUUCAUGUGUAUGUUUCUGAAAUUAGAAU